UCAGGAUGGAACUGUCUGAAAUCGCCUCCUCAUGUCAAGAAAUGAAUGAUAUUAAGGAAGUGUAACUGAACUGAAGACCCAGCAGCAACUGAACAUAGCUGGGGUGUUCAGCCCAGGUUUGUGAAGAAACAGCUGCAAAACUACAAGUCCCAGGAUGCCUUUCACUGAACAUGGUGUUUAUGUAGAGUUCAUAGCUGGGUGCGAUGGCUGGAGUCUGUUUUCCAUAGGCUCCUGACUAGGUUAAAUGAGGCGGAGCAAAUGGCUCCACCCCAGAAGUGUCUAGAAUUGUAUUUGAGCCAAGCCCCAGGGUGGAGCCGGAACUGACCUUUGUACUUCAUGCUGGUCAAGGUUGGUGGGAACUGGCUGUGUGGUUCUGGAACUGGCUGCCGUCCUGACACGUCUCAGAGCUGCAAGCAGGUUUGAUUCCAGGAUUCUGUGGCCCUACUCCCCUCCUUUUAUUCUUUAUCCUUUUCCCUCGGGGUCCUUCCCACAGGUCUCACAUAAUUCCUGCUGCCCCUGAGGACUCCUGUGUUAGUCACAGGAUUUUUACUACCUGCUUCAGGAUACUCCACUUCUGAUAGUCCUUUACUUGGAGACUUAGGUCUCCACUAUUUCCUGGCAGCCAAGAAGUGCUGGGAAGGACCUGGCUGGGUGGUUCAGUUGGUUGGAGCAUUACCCCAUAUACCUCCAUAUACGGGUAGGUGGAGGGUUCAUUUCCUGGUCAGGGUACAUAUCUAGAUUGCACGUUCAAUCCAUUCAGUUGUGGUGCAUAUGGGAGGCAACUGACUGAUCUCUCUCUCUCUCCCACCCCACCCCCCGAAAUCAAUAAACAUCCUCAGGUGAGGAUUAGAAAAAACAGAUACACACAGCCCUGACAGGUGUUCUCAGUGGUUAGAGCGAGGGCCCUGGGCACCAAAGAGCCUCGGGUUUGAUUCCUGAUCAAAGGCACCUGGGUUGCAGAUUCAACAACCAAUCAAUAUGGCUCUCAUAUCAAUGUUUCUCCAAAAAUCGGUGGAAAUAAUAUCCUCAGGUGAUGAUUUUUUUUUUAAGUGCUUGGAAGGAUGGACCUCGGUGCAUUACCAGCUGAGGGUAACAGGUUGGGGAUCAGGGCUGAGGUGCAAAGAUGGUAUGAGGCCUUAAUGACUGCCCUGCCUUCUGUAGGUACUGCGGUGAGCUAUCAUGGCCUCUCAGCUUCUUGGCCUGACAGAAGAGUCUGGUCUGAGCCCUGGGGAGUCUGAAUUGGCUGUGAACCCCUUUGACGGGCUUCCCUUCUCUUCCCACUACUACGACCUGCUUGAGCAGCGCCGAGCCUUGCCCAUCUGGGCUGCUCGCUUUGUCUUCUUGGAGCAAUUGGAGAGUAGCCCCAGUGGAGUGGUGAUUGUGUCUGGAGAGCCUGGCUCUGGCAAGAGCACCCAGAUCCCUCAGUGGUGUGCAGAGUUUGCACUGGCCAGGGGAUGCCAGGUAACUGUCACUCAGCCCUACCCGCUGGCAGCCCUGAGCCUGGCCCUGCAGGUUGCUGAUGAGAUGGACCUGACCCUGGGUCAUGAGGUUGGAUACAGCAUCCCCCAGGAGGAUUGCACUGGGCCCCAAACCCUGCUCAGGUUUUGCUGGGACAGGCUGCUUCUUCAGGAGGUGGCCUCAACCCGGGGCACUGGAGCCUGGGAUGUGCUGGUACUGGAUGAGGCUCAAGAGCGGUCAGUGGCCUCAGACUUGCUCCAGGGGCUGCUGCGAGAUGCCAGGCUGGGAAACCUUCCAGGGGACCCCAAAGUGGUGGUGGUCACUGACCCAGCCCUUGAACCUAAGCUCCAAGCCUUCUGGGGCAAUCCUCCUGUUGUACGUGUACCCAGGGGGCCUGGCAGGUGUCCCACUCCCACCUACAGGGACACUGUCCCUCCUGAUCGAGUGGAAGCUGCCUGCCAAGCUGUGCUUGACUUGUGUCGAAAGGAGGCUCCAGGAGACGUGCUAGUGUACCUGCCCAGUGAGGAGGAAAUUUCCCUGUGCUGUGAAUCCUUGUCCAGGGAGGUAGAGACCUUGGCAAUCCGAGGACCUCCACCACGGGUGCUGCCCCUUCACCCAGGCCAUGGUCAAGCUGUUCAGGCUGUGUAUGAAGACACAGACUCAGGUGCCCGAAAGAUUGUGGUCACUCACUGGCUGGCUGACUUCUCCUUCUCCCUCCCUUCCAUUCGACAUGUCAUUGACUCAGGACUGGAGCUUCGAAGUGUGUACAAUCCUCAGAUCCGAGCAGAAUCCCAAGUGUUGAGACCAAUCAGCAAGUGUCAGGCAAAGGCAAGACAACUACGGGCAAGAGGGGCCCCUCCAGGAUCCUGCCUCUGCCUGUAUCCUAAGUCCUUCCAAGAACUAGAAGCUCCCCCAUUGCCCCAACCCAGGGUGUGUGAGGAAAAUCUGAGCCCCCUGGUAUUACUGCUAAAGAGGAGACAGAUUGCAGAGCCAGGGGAAUGUCACUUCCUGGACCGGCCUGCUCCAGAAGCACUGAUGCAGGCCCUGGAAGACUUAGAC